CAUCUUUCGACCAAUCGGAGCCCGCGUUGAACCUCUCGUCCCCAGCGUGUCGUCCCGGCGUGUUGUCCCCUCACUCCUGCCUGUGGACGUACGGAAAGGAGUCGUGCAGGCACGAUGGCGUCCGGAGGAACGCAGCAGCGGAGACUACGGGCCGUACUGGCGGCCCUGACGGCCCUCAGCACCGUGCAAGCCACGAGGACACCCCGGCAAGCCGCUCCUCAAUGCGAGGACAUCCGGGUACCCAUGUGCAGAAAUCUGCCCUACAAGCAGACGAUGUACCCCAAAGGCACGGGAAACUCGCUGGGCCACCGGACCCAGGAGGACGCGGUGAGGUUCAUCGCACAGAACCAGCUGCAGCGCCUGGUGGAGUCGGACUGCUCCCCGGACCUCCGGCUCUUCUUCUGCUCCGUCUUCGUGCCGGCAUGCACGCCGACUGGCGAGAUCGUGCCGCCCUGCAGGACGCUAUGCCAGGCCACGCGGCAGAGCUGUCGGUUGGCCCUGCGGCGGGAGAACAUCCGCUGGCCGCGGGAGUUACAGUGCGGGCGGUACCCGAUCCCCGGGACCGGCAAGGGCUGCACGGAGGGUCUACAGAGCGCGCAGCACUCGGCGGGCCAAGGAGGUCAGCACCAAGUGGGACUAACUCAUCUGACCGCCAAUGACGAAGAGCCCGUGAUGGUGCACACAAUGGACUACCUGACGGAGUUUAAGAAACCUUCUGCAGAACUGGUCAGGGGAGUCCGUGGCCAGGCCGUUCUGCUGAGGGGGAAGUUCCUGGAGUCGGACCAACCGCUGAACGUCUGCGGACAAAAAUACAUCUUCUGUCCGGACGGCUUCGCGGUGGAGUUCUGGAUGAAGCGGUGGCUGAACGACAGGAGACCGCACUACUACCUGGACAUCGGCGGGGACAGGACGGAGCUGGCCCGAGGGUUCACCUUCCUGCGGGCCCCGGACCAGGUGGACCGGGAGGACCAGUUCACGGUGCAGGUUAGCGGCAGUAGGACGGCACAGAGAGGCCGUGUGGACAUCCCACUGCAGACCUGGACGCACGUCGCCUUCUACUGGAAGGAGGGAAGCCAGCUCACUAUCCUGGUCAACGGCACUCGCGCUGGCUAUAACUUUGAGGAGCGUCGCCUAGGGCCUCUGACAAGAAGAGCAAGAGCGAGUCCUUACAGACUUUACUACGGGACGUCUGCUACGCGCCCCGGAGGCAUGACGCCGUCCUACACCGCCUUGGACGAGGUGAAGGUUUGGGGCUAUGCGCGCCCUGAAGAGGAAAUCAAGCAAAGUCUGGCCGAGUUCUUGGCUGAUACUGAAGGUGGAAGCUCAACCAGACGGAUCAUCAGGCCCGGAGGUGGCACAGGGAUUGUUGUUGGAGGUGUCACUAGCGGUGGCAGGCAGACCAUCACACAUGGAGGGGCCACAGGCACUAGUGGUGAGGCACUACUGAGGCGUAGAGCUUAG